UUUAUCUUAUAGAUAGUGGUCGGUUGCUUCGCUGGGUCUAAAUUUCUUCCCGGAUAUCUCACUAGUCGUUUAACCGGUCACCUUUUGACCCCCCGGUCUUGCUCGAGUUGGUCACCUGAGUUCCACCGAAACAUUACUACUCCCCUAUUCGCUUUCGCACGAGGUUGCAUCAUCCUCCCAAGCAAACGGCAAUAACGAACCACGUCUGUCUAAGGCCUGCUCUCGGUCAUGUAUGCUCCUUCACUACCUCGCUUUGCACUACUUGCCGCCUCUUAACCCGAGCACGAUCAACACGGCGGCGGCAAGGACAUCCGUCCUCGAACAUGAGACCUCCGCGGCCGCUGGUGGCCACGGCGGCGUGGCGACAUCCGACUCCACCACCUCGUACUCUGCCGUCGCCGCCACCACCAGCACCGCCGGCGAGAUCUUCGAGUACGAGUUCGUGGUGACGGUCAAGUACGUGCGCCGGGAGAUCCGGGCCCUGACGGAUCGGGACAGGGAGACUUUUUUCAACGCGGUGUCCGUGCUGCAGCGGGUGCCGAGCGCCGUCGGCCGUGCGUUGUACGGCGACAAGUACUACAGCAAGGACUUCUUCAACCGGAUGCACCUGUACUACGGCGGAGCCCGGGACUGCGACCACUGGCACGCGGGCGCAGGCUUCGUGACCGCGCACGUCGCCAUCACUCUCAUGUACGAGCAGGCGUUGCAGGCGGUGAACCCGUCCAUCGCGCUGCCCUACUGGGACGUGACGAUCGAGGGAACCUACUACGACUGGAACGACUUCCGCACGAGCUCGGUCUUCUCAGACGAUUGGUUCGGCGAUGCCGCUCCUGGAAACACUGCUAGAACGCUGACCCAGGGGAGGUUCGCGUACGUCCCCGUCAUGACCGACGCCCGCGAGUACUCCGCGCAGUACAACUCCUACGGGCUGCUUCGGUCUGCGUGGAACAACGACCGCAACCCCUUCCUCACUCGCCACGACCACCAGCUGGGCAUGAUGAACAACAAGAAGCCUUCGGGCUGCCGGCGCUACCGCGACGCCUACGUCGCCGAGGACUGGAUGAAGCUCACGGAAGCCUUCAAUGGCGGCGCUCACGGCAACAUCCACGGGCUGUUGGGCGGGACGUGGUCUCCCGAGGCGGACGAGUACGCCGCGGUCACGCCGUACAUCAUCGCGCAGAAGAUCAUGUGGCGGGAGAACGCCAUCGAGUGCCCAGAGAGCUGCACAUUCGAUCAGGGUUGGAAAGACUGCCAGUGCCAAUGCAGCGAGUCACUCAUGGAAGGGAGGACAGCGGCCGAAGUCAGUACCGCGUUGCGUGUUGCUUUUUUGACUGCGUGAUGUGCGUUUUCGCAACCAUCCACAGCGAGCGGAUUUGCUUGUUGACUUCGCGACUCGAGUGGUGUAUUUCAAUGCUGUUGGAGUUUCGAUAUUUGAUUGAAGGCAGAUAUUUCAGCAGCUUGUAGCCGAUCUCUUAGACCGAAAAAUCGGCAAACAGAAAUAGGACGGAAAAUAAUGGUGACUUUUCAUCGAGUGUCGUACUGUUUGGCAUUGAACGUAACCACCACAGGGAAACGCGGGACAUUACCAAACAACCCCCCAGAUUUUCUUCCUCCUGUGUGGCCCAAGCUGAUCCCCUAUCGAUGUUUCGGAAUGUGUAGAAGGUAUUGCAACCACAACAUUUACAACAAAACUUUUACAACAAAACUUUCCCGAUACCAACCGAGAAUGCCAGAUGGAAAUUCUGACCUCCAACAAGCCCACAGGCAGCUGGUGCGCUCUUGCUGCAAUCAGCUGCACCUUGCGUCACGCCCCUACCCCCCCACCGAUUUGAUCACCCAUCCUUCCCUCUCCCUUUCCUUCCCACCCUGAACUGGCACCGUGCCGUCAUACAGUUCCUGGAGUUGGGCAAUGUCAUUGCGACGGGAUACUUCUACGAUGCGGACUACCAAUUAGUCCUCGAACUGGCUGACUCGGAUGUACGUCUCGAGUCUUCCCUUUGCCGUGCUGUCCACUUUUUUUUCGAUGCGGGCGACGCUCUACGCGAAUACAACGUUUUUCUCCAGGCAAACCUCACCGGCGAAAUAGUUCUAAACACAAGUGCGGCCUUUCUCCAAUGCCGCGAGUACUCCCAACAUGUUGGCUCCACGCACAUUGUGUUGUUUAGUUCGUAGCGCCGAGAGGACGUAGACAGUGGUGCGUAGGGACGCCGUCUAUGCACUCGUUCGGCGCGUUUGUAUCGUCGCGUUUUGAUUGGCCGAUUGCGUAAACUGCAGUUUGACAUUCGGCCAAGGUGUUUCACAGGUUGUCAAUCUUGAUUUCUCUUUUUUAUACCGCUUUUCCGACCGCUCGUUCUAUCGAGGAAAAAUAUUAACCUUUGUUAGGUGCCGCUUUCCCGUCUGUAUGUUGUCAACCAUUUUGUUGUUGAUGACUUCACGUGAAGAACCGUUCCCAUCUCUCUGCCCAACACCUUCUUCUGUCCGUACUGAUACCCAACUUGAUGUGGUCGAUUCCUGUGGUCACCGGCAUAUUGAAAUGUUUGUUCGUCGGGUGUUAUGUCUUCUCAUUCUUUUCUUUCAACAGGGGCACUACUACGAAGA